AUGUCAUCGGAGGAGAGGCGUAAGGAGUACCGUCGGUCUGAAUACGUACCUCUGGACCAAAUCAACACCUGGAAACAGUCUCAGAGCACAGAAGGUGAGAGAUACACACAGAGGCCUUGUUCGAAUUCUUCAGAAAUCCUUCCUUCCUUCCUUCCUUUCUUGAAGUAAUCACAGGUCUGAAUUGGUAGAGUAUUGGUGAAAGUGAUAGGGUAGUUACCUUACACCUAUCCAAUCACUAAAAAGUAUGUGCUUACCUCAAGGAAACAAGGAAGGAAGGAAGGAUGCAUUUCUAAAGUAUUAGAACAAGUCCAGAGAGAUUCCCCCCCCCCCCCAGAGCCUGAGCCUACUGAUGUGGAGACUGCUAAUAAUCAGACUAAGCAAUGAAUCUGAACAAUGAACAAGCUAGUUCACUUGAAGAGACAUUCAAAGGGAACAACUUCCCAAUUUCAAUCUUCAACUCUAGCCUGACAUAACAGCUUAAUAACACUGUCAUAAGAUUGACAUAACCCUUCAUGGCCACCAUGGGGAGGGUAGAUCAGCUUUAAUAUUGCAGAUAGACUGUGGCUUCCAUCAGUGUAAUUGUCUGCAUAAUUUCCAACCCCCCAUAUAUUUUGUGAAAAUACUGUAUAUAUACAAAAGAUAUACACUACCAGUCAAAAAUUUGGACACACCUUCUCAUUCAAGGGUUUUUCUUUAUUUGUACACAUUUCUUUACAUUGUAGAAUAAUAGCGACGUCAUCAAAACUAUGAAAUAACACAUAUGGAAUCAUGUAGUGACCAAAAAAGUGUUAAACAAAUCAAAAUAUAUUUGAGAUUUUACAUUCUUCAAAUAGCCACCCUUUGCCUUGAUGACAGCUUUGCACACUCUUGGCAUUCUCUCAACCAGCUUCAUGAGGUAGUCACCUGGAAUGCAUUUCAAUUAACAGGUGUGCCUUCUUAAAAGUUAAUUUGUGGAAUUUCUUUCCUUCUUAAUGCGUUUGAACCAAUCAGUUGUGUUGUGACAAGGUAGGGGGGGGGUAUACAGAAGAUAGCCCUAUUUGGUAAAAGACCAAGUCUAUAUUAUGGCAAGAACAGCUCAAAAAAAGCAAAGAGAAACAACAGUCCAUCAUUACAGUCCAUCAUAGAAAUGAAGGUCGGAAUACGGAACAUUUCAAGAACUUUGACCCCAGUGCACAACUGAGCAAGAGGACAAAUACAUUAGUGUUUCUUCAAGUGCAGUCGCAAAAACCAUCAAGCGCUAUGAUGAAAUUGGCUCUCAUGAGGACCGCCACAGGAAAGGAAGACCCAGAGUUACCUCUGUUGCAGAGGAUUAAGUUCAUUAGAGUUACCAGCCUCAGAAAUUGCAGCCCAAAUAAAUGCUUCACAGAGUUCAAGUAACAGACACAUCUCAACUUCAACUGUUCAUAGGAGACUGUGUGAAUCAGGCCUUCAUGGUCGAAUUGCUGCAAAGAAACCACUACUAAAGAACACCAAUAAGAAAAAGAGACUUGCUUGGGCCAAGAAACACGAGCAAUGGACAUUAGACUGGUGGAAAGCUGUCCUUUGGUCUGAUGAGUCCAAAUUUGAGAUUUUUUGUUCCAACCGCUGUGUCUUUGUGAAACGCAGAGUAGGUGAACAGAUUAUCUCCGCAUGGAGGAGGAGGUGUUAUGGUGUGGGGGUGCUUUGCUGGUGACACUGUCUGUGAUUUAUUUAGUAUUCAAGGCACACUUAACCAGCAUGGCUACCACAGCAUUCUGCAGCGAUACGCCAUCUCAUCUGGUUUGGGCUCAGUGGGACUAUCAUUUGUUUUUCAACAGGACAAUGACCCAACACACCUCCAGGCUGUGUAAGGGCUAUUUGACCAAGAAGGAGAGUGAUGGAGUGCUGCAUCAGAUGACCUGGCCUCCACAAUCACUCGAUCUCAACACAAUUGAGAUGGUUUGGGAUGAGUCGGACGGCAGAGUGAAGGAAAAGCAUAUGUGCUCAGCAUAUGUGGGAACUCAUUCAAGACUGUUGGAAAAGGAUUCCAGAUGAAGCUGGUUGAGAGAAUGCGAAGAGUGUGCAAAGCUGUCAUCAAGGCAAAGGGUGGCUAUUUGAUGAAUCUCAAAUAUAAAAUAUAUUUUGAUUUGUUUAACACUUUAUUUUGGUUACUACAUGAUUCCAUAUGUGUUAUUUAAUAGUUUUGAUGUCUUCACUUUUAUUCUACAAUGUAGAAAAUAGUAAAAAUAAAGAAAAACCCUUGAAUGAGUAGGUGUGUCCAAACCUUUGACUGGUACUGUAUAUAUUUUUAAAAAUAUAUUCUCCUUUGUUAUUUUCCCCUAACCCUACCACCCCUCCCCUAAUUGGAGUAAACUAAUGGACAACAACAUGUAGGCUUCUACUUCCAGUUUAUACAUGCUAUAUACAUUUUACAGACAAAGUAUAUUUUACAUUAGUUAUCUUUUGUUUGUUUUUAGUCCCAUCCUUCAGCUACCCUCAACCCUGGUGAGGUUUAAUUCAUGGGAAAAUACAUCUGCCCUUCAAGGGAAGAGGCAAGGACAGAGGAAUCAAUCCAAGCCUGUAAUCUUUUCAGUUUGCCCAUCUCGCUUAUAAAGUUAGCUUUGUCUUGGAAGAAAAAUAUGUUAUCGUAGAGUUGUCUAUGCCUAUGAUGAUUAAGGUUUUUAUAUCAGAUUGUACAAUUUAACUCUUGACUAGACUACACGUUGACACAGACAUAGAAACAUUUCAGACUAGUUUGGCCACAUAAUAAUGGUAAUAAUAAUAUAUUACAUUUGUAAGGUGCUUUUCAUUACAAGAAUAAUCUCAAAAGUGAAUAAAAUAAAACAUUUACUAUAGUAAAAUGAAUGAAUAAAUACAUGUAAACAUCUAACCAUAUCAUGAAAACAACAAUCAAAGUCUAGGAGAAGGGUAGGCCAGCCAGUACCUGUAUAGAUACAUGUUAUGCACACACACACACACACACACACACACACAACCUGCAGGCAUGUGGUACUGACUGUAUUGUAGGAAUCAAUGUUAAUUACCCAGUCUCUAUUAGGCCCAUAAGGCCCUAGUCAAACGUAGUAUAUUGGCAGUAGUGUGCCAUAUGGAACACAGUCCUGAUGUGAUUAUCAUAAUCUGAUGCCUGACACUGAAUUUCCUUAGUUACUGGAUGUCUGUGUUUGUUUGUGUGUGUGUGUGUGUGUGUGUGUGUGUGUGUGUGUGUGUGUGCCACCGUGGUAUAAAUGUAGAAAUAUUAUUUUGAAGCUGUUUUAUGGGGUUUUGUAGAUUCAAUCUGAAAUGUCGGUGGGCAUAUUUAGCAGAACCACAGGUGGCUUGUGGGACCUUAAUUGGGGAGGCUCAUAGUAAUGGCUGGAAUGAAUGGAGUGGUAUCAAACACAUCACCCACAUGGUUUCCAUGUGUUUGAUGCCAUUCCAUUCACUCUAUUCCAGCCAUUAUUGUGAGCCAUCCUCCCCUCACCAGCCUCCUGUGAGCAGAACACUUUCGUGAAUGUGUCACUACAGUACACAAAUGAAUCUGUUUGUAGUUGGUAACUUUUUCUCAUGCAUUCAAUACAUACCCCUACCCCAGUUGUGUCUGUCUGUCUGUCUAUAUAUAUACGGUGCAUUCGGAAAGUAUUCAGACCCCUUGACUUUUUCCACAUUUUGUUACUUUACAGCCUUAUUCUAAAAUGGAUUAAAUCGUUUUUUUCCCUCAUCAAGCCACACACAAUACCCCAUAAUGACGAAGAAAAACAGGUUUUUAGACAUUUUAGCAAAUUUAUUAAAAAUAUAAAACUGAAAUAUUACAUUUACGUAAGUAUUCAGAACCUUUACUCAGUACUUUGUUGAAGCACCUUUCGCAGUGAUUACAGCCUCGAGUCUUCUUGGGUAUGACGCUACAAGCUUGGCACACCUGUAUUUGGGGAGUUUCUCCUAUUCUUCUCUGCAGAUCCUCUCAAGCUCUGUCAGGUUGGAUGGGGAGCGUCGCUGGACAGCUAUUUUCAGGUUUCUCCUGAGAUGUUAGAUCGGGUUCAAGUCUGGGCUCUGGCUGGGCCACUCAAGGACAUUCAGAGACUUGUCUCGAAGCCACUCCUGCAUUGUCUUGUCUGUGUGCUUAGGGUCGUUGUCCUGUUGGAAGGUGAACCUUCGCCCCAGUCUGAGGUCCUGAGCGCUCUGGAGCAGGUUUUCAUCAAGGAUCUCUCUGUAUUGUAGAAUAAGGCUGUAACGUAACAAAAUCUGGAAAAAGGGAAGGGGUCUGAAUACUUUCUGAAUGCACUGUAUGUCUGUGUUUGUCUGAGUGUUUGUCUGUCUGGCUUGCUGGCAGGUUGUGUGUUUGUGUCUGUAAGUUUACUGUUAUAAACCCUAAAUAAUGCACUAGUCUAUAGGACAACAACGAUAUGGUACAUCAUUCCAGAUGUACUGUAUUCCACAAGGACAGUAAACAAGAGGAACUAAGCUAAAAAAAUGUGAGUUAUCUGUCUUUAUUUCUGCUCCUGUCUUUAAGAGUACCUGUACGGUGUGGCUAAUGAACACACCCCUGCUCUUGUGUACCUGUACGGUGUGGCUAAUGAACACACCCCUGCUCUUGUGUACCUGUACGGUGUGGCUAAUGAACACACCCCUGCUCUUGUGUACCUGUACGGUGUGCCUAAUGAACACACCCCUGCUCUUGUGUACCUGUACGGUGUGCCUAAUGAACACACCCCUGCUCUUGUUGUUUCUAGUGACUGAGGAAGAGGAGGGGAAGGACCUUCUGAGAGACAAAGUAUCUCUCUACAAGGGUGACAUCACCAUCCUCGAGGUUGAUGCCAUAGUUAACGCAGGUACGGUGCUUUGUUAUUAACUUACAUUGGUUUGAUGCAGGAGUUUGUCAAACUGUGGCUACAUGCAAUGCAUUUUGUUGUGUUUGCACUGCUUUAAUGCAGUUUGAACUGAAACAAGGGAAGCCAUACCUAUGGUGAUCAGCUGUUUCACACUACAACCUCAUGACAUGCAAACAGUUCUUCUGUAUUUGUUAAUGCCAGUAAGGUGCUUUUUAAAAUGAGUUACAAUGGUUUAAUGUAGGAAGCUGUGAAACAAGCAAAGCCAUGGAUCUUCUAUGUGUGUUAUUUCUGGUAAGGUGCUUUUAUAAAUGAACUUUCAACAGUUCAGAGGGUGUAAAUCAGCAAAAGCUGUGGUUUUUCAUAAUCUAUGGAAAGUUGUUUCACUCUACAAGCUUACAACAUGCAGGCAGUGUGCUUUUUAUGUGUUUGCUGCCCUCUAGUGUUGGCGGGUGUAAAGUGCUGACUUGCUGGAUUGACUGGUGGAUUGGUGGUCAUAGAAACAAACACACUACAUAUGGUGAAUCAUUGACUUUGAGCAGUUCUGCAGUAAUUCAUUGUGGGUUGAGAGAAAGCAUCAUUUCUAUUUCAGGAUUUGUUUGCUAAGACUUUCCUUGAGGGCCACACUUUUUGUGGGCCUUUGUGGGAUACCAAAUCAAAUCAAAUCAAAUUGUAUUUGCCACACGCGCCGAAUAUAACAGGUGUAGACAUUACAGUGAAAUGCUUACUUACAAGCACUUAACCAACAAUGCAUUUUUAAAGAAAUGUUUUUUAAAAAGUGUUAAGUAAAAAAAUAAACAACAGUAGGGAGACUAUAUACAAGGGGGUACCAGUACAGAGUCAAUGUGCGGGGGCACCGGCUAGUUGAGGUAAUUGAGGUAAUAUGUACAUGUGGGUAGAGUUAAAGUGACUAUGCAUAAAUAAUUAACAGAGUAGCAGCAGCGUAAAAGAGGGGGGUGGGGGGGCAGUGCAAAUAGUCCGGGUAGCCAUGAUUAGCUGUUCAGGAGUCUUAUGGCUUGGGGGUAGAAGCUGUUGAGAAGCCUUUUGGACCUAGACUUGGCGCUCCGGUACUGCUUGCCGUGCGGUAGCAGAGAGAACAGUCUGUGACUAGGGGGGCUGGAGUCUUUGACAAUUUUGAGGGCCUUCCUCUGACACAGCCUGGUAUAGAGGUCCUGGAUGGCAGGAAGCUUGGCCCCAGUGAUGUACUGGGCCGUACGCACUACCCUCUGUAGUGCCUUGCGGUCGGAGGCCGAGCAGUUGCCAUACCAGGCGAUGAUGCAACCAGUCAGGAUGCUCUCGAUGGUGCAGCUGUAUAACUUUUUGAGGAUCUGAGGACCCAUGCCAAAUCUUUUCAGUCUCCUGAGGGGGAAUAGGCUUUGUCGUGCCCUCUUCACAACUGUCUUGGUGUGUUUAGACCAUGAUAGUUCGUUGGUGAUGUGGACACCAAGGAACUUGAAGCUCUCAACCUGUUCCACUACAGCCCUGUCGAUGAUACAGUGUAUGAUGUGAGUAUGUUUUUAAUGUAGAGGUUAGAGAAAUUAGGUUACUAGUAGUCUGGUAAUGAACAGCCCAUUAUCUGUAGAAGCACGCUAAUUGUGUGUGUGUGUGUGUGUGUUCUCUUCCUGGUAUUUUAUUCUGACAGGUGGCUGGAGAGAUUAGCAGAACAGUAGUUCACUUCCUUUUCUAUUGUUAUUCACACCAACCUAUGGCAGAGCGCCUGUGUUACUCACCAUCUACUUACUGUAUGGCAGAGCGCCUGUGUUACUCACCAUCUACUUACUGUAUGGCAGAGCGCCUGUGUUACUCACCAUCUACUUACUGUAUGGCAGAGCGCCGGUGUUACUCACCAUCUACUUAGUGUAUGGCAGAGCGCCUGUGUUACUCACCAUCUACCUACUGUAUGGCAGAGCGCCUGUGUUACUCACCAUCUACUUACUGUAUGGCAGAGCACCUGUGUUACUCACCAUCUACUUACUGUAUGGCAGAGCGCCUGUGUUACUCACCAUCUACUUACUGUAUGGCAGAGCGCCUGUGUUACUCACCAUCUACUUACUGUAUGGCAGAGCGCCUGUGUUACUCACCAUCUACUUACUGUAUGGCAGAGCGCCUGUGUUACUCACCAUCUACUUACUGUAUGGCAGAGCGCCUGUGUUACUCACCAUCUACUUACUGUAUGGCAGAGCGCCUGUGUUACUCACCAUCUACUUACUGUAUGGCAGAGCGCCUGUGUUACUCACCAUCUACUUACUGUAUGGCAGAGCGCCUGUGUUACUCACCAUCUACUUAGUGUAUGGCAGAGCGCCUGUGUUACUCACCAUCUACUUACUGUAUGGCAGAGCGCCUGUGUUACUCACCAUCUACUUACUGUAUGGCAGAGCGCCUGUGUUACUCACCAUCUACUUACUGUAUGGCAGAGCGCCUGUGUUACUCACCAUCUACUUAGUGUAUGGCAGAGCGCCUGUGUUACUCACCAUCUACUUACUGUAUGGCAGAGCGCCUGUGUUACUCACCAUCUACUUACUGUAUGGCAGAGCGCCUGUGUUACUCACCAUCUACUUACUGUAUGGCAGAGAGCCAGAACAAUAUAAAACAUUGUGCUAAAUAGCAGAAUAGGAACCCAUGCAUUUCUGGAUGAUAGAAUUGUGUUCCAAUUAUUGUUUGUUGUGAUGAUGGUUGGUCCAUCCCUUAUAAUGGAGCAAUUUGAUAGUGAACCCACAGUUACCGGCAGCGCGUAACCUCACACUGCGAUCAUGUUAAGCAAACAUUGUUUCAGAAAUAAAUGUAGCCUUGUCCAGCGGUUUUCCCCCAGUGUUUUUCCACAGUGUUGUUUAAUUGGCUACCUUUACUAAUUUCCAGCGAAGGCCAAAAUACGAAACAGCUGUGUUACCCUCUCCCUCGGCUGUAUAUUUUAGUCCAUUCUUAAUUUCAACAGUUCAGUGCAUUGAUAUUACGUUUGAAUAACCAUCGGGGGCAUCAGAGGUUUAGUGGUCAUUUUAAAUGUGAAGAAGAUAUGUCUCUAUGGAACUAAAGUGGCAGUGCUUAAAGAUUAUUUUAUUACUGUAGAGAGAGAUCGAUAGAUUCGAUCUCAAUGGUUAUUACUGUCUCCUGUGUUACCAGCCUUUUUUAAAUGCACAUUAACAUCUUGGUACAUAACCUCUAUUUGAGCCAGCAGCAUCUGUACUCACAUUCACAAGACGCAAAUAACACAGAACAUUAGCACAGGGGAUGUGUCGGUUUGCCUGUGUCUUUUAUGUAUGAAUGCAUACGGCCAGAUGGAACAUACGGAGCAUUUGCAUAAGGAAUAUGUUUAUUGUUCUAUAUCAGCCGUAGAAAGCAGAAACGGAAUGUGCUUACACUGUAAGUGUUGCAUCUAAAAAAUGUAGCCCUUUCCUGCAGUCAAAUUACCAUAUCGCCCUCUAGUGGCCUCAUGGGUGGAAUGUUAUUAAUAUUUGUCAUAAUUUCAUAAUUAAUCAACUUUAUUUCAAAAAUACCCACCGAAAAUCCAGUGAAUCUAUGUCAAACGGUUUUGUUAUAUUUCAGUCUUCUGUGAUGUAUGUAAAGUGUAAUAUUGGGAUGCAAACACAAAAUGUAAUACAUUUCAAAUCUAUAUCUGACAUGGUACAGGUCUCUUCUUUUUGUAAGCCCAUAACCAUGUGUAUGAGGUGUAUACUUUUGUUUCGAAGUAGAUUUGUUUAAGACUACCAAGAAACACUCUGUGUGACCCUGAUUUAGCCCACUGCAGUAAAAGGUUUUAACCAGUCUGAACUCAUACAAGUCUCUCUUGAGACUAACCUGUAUAAACAAAGGCUGAAACAUUAUUUGGAAUACAAACAUGCAUUUAACCUGUCUGACUUUCUGACUUUUCUACUUUCAUUAACAAUUAAAUACUUCAGCAGGACAUUUCAUGUCUGUGUGACAUAGUGCUGUGUGUGUGUAUGCUCUGUGUGUAUGCUCUGUGUGUAUGUUCUGUGUGUAUGCUCUGUGUGUGUGUGCUCUGUGUGUAUGCUCUGUGUGUAUGCUCUGUGUGUAUGCUCUGUGUGUGUGUGCUCUGUGUGUAUGCUGUGUGUGUGUAUGCUGUGUGUGUGUGUGCUCUGUGUGUGUGCUCUGUGUGUAUGCUCUGUGUGUAUGCUCUGUGUGUAUGCUCUGUCUGCACAGCAAACUCAAUGGUGUACAUUUAAAUCUGACAGUGUAAAAUGUACACUAUUUUCAGUGAACACUGAACUGGUGUUAAAAUAACACGUUUGAAAGUGUUAAAGAUGUAACUCUGUUGCAGUGUUCCCCAUUCAACUCUUAAAGUGUUCAAAUGAACGUGAUUGUGGUGUUUGCAUAGCUCUACUGUAGAGUAAUACACAACACCUACAGUGUAAAACAUAACACUUGAUUUAGAGUAAACUGGACUCACUUUCUCAGUGUAAGAAAUUAACACCUUUAAGUGUUACAGUAAAUCAUUUCUGGGGUGUUGUUUUAACACUGUAUGGUUUAAAUCCUUAUUUGCAUAUUUCCCAGGGUUCCUUUUCUUUUAAAGUAAAUUCUAGAGUCAACACCCAUGACUGUAUUUGUUAGCGACAGAGACAUGGUUGUUGAAGUCUUGCAGUUUAAAGGCCUGUGACCUUCACCAAGUGAGUUCCUGUGCUAGUGCCAAUUUAGCAACCGUUAAAUCAAUGUUUUGACCAUGUCAGCUUACUAUCUAGGGUUACACCAAGCAGUUUAGUCUCCUCAACUUGCUUAAUUGCCACAUUAUUCAUUUCAAAAUUUAGAUGAGGUUUCAGGUUUAGCUAAUUAUUUGUCUCAAAUACAAUGCUUUUAGACAUUCAAAUUAAACUCUAUGACAAUACAUUACAUAUAUCAUAAGGCCGUGCUUAUUGGCCUGGUUGAUGGCCUAGUUUUACCCUAACACAGUGGUGUUAGGAAACUCCUGGUUUACAGGCCACAUCAGGCCUGCAAGUCACAUUAUGCUGGCUUGCAAAGUGGUGUAAUUCCUAUUUGAAUCCAGCCAGCGUUAGGAUAUCCAACAGUUGGAAUUUUUAUUCAUCCACAACCUGCAUUCAGAAUGACUGUCAGGGUUAGGAGACUUCAUAAAAAACACUACCUAAACCAUUUAAACCGGAACAACCAUUUCAAUAAUGGGGGCAAUAAAUGUAACUAACUAAUUUGAUUAUUUUAGAAAAAUGUAUGUUAUUUAUCUUUGUGUAGCAUAAGAUUAAUCAAUUAAUCAAUGUACAUGCAAAAACACAGAUAUUAAAAACAGUCCUAUAAAAAAAUCAACCCACAUAGCAUGCUGGGAAAUAUGAUAAUGAUAGGUGUGGUUUUGAUGGGACUGUUUUGCUCUCCACAGUGUAAAACAAUAACUCUGGUUAUUAACACCAACACUGGGGUUAUUUUACACCACUUAGUGUUAAUCUCACUCGUACAGAGUGAAUUUAACUCCUGAAUCAACACUAGAAAUGUUACUCUGAAAAAUCAACACUGGCCAAUUUGCUGUGUGUGUAACAUAGUGCUGCUUUCCACAGCUCCUCCUCAGCUUUAUCAGGACAUCAGGGUGCUUUAUAUCUCCUAUUAAAGUUUAAUUAUUAGGAUCAUUGAGUUUCUAAUUCUUCCUUGAUUAUGUUUAGACAGAGGUUGGACAGCAGGUGCUCAAAAUGUCAGCUGGGGUGGUGAGCUGUCGGGAGAGAGAGAGCAGGAGGGGUGUGUGUGUGGGUGGGUGUGUGUGUCUGUCUGUGGAGUUGGAGGGUGGACAUUAAUGGACUAGCUCUCUGUCUGAUCAGGCAGAUGGCACUAUGUAACCUGCUGUUAAGAAUAGUGUCUACAUGGAGGGGGGCAAAUGUCUACCACCACCAUACUGGAUAUCUGGGCACAGCCCCCAAUCCUACCCUACCUCCCUGCCAGCUACAGUAUGUCCUUGUUUUUCCUUUUUCCCCCCUUUCGCUUUCCCUCUUGUCGUCAUUAAUCAGGAUCAGUUCACUUUUCGGUUCCCUCCCUCCCUCCCUCCCUCCCUCCCUCCCUCCAAGUUCCUGGACUUUCAUUCCUAGCCCAGUCAGUGACAUCUUGUUAAAGCUAUCUACAAACACUGAAGCCUCAUCAUCUUGUUAAAGCUGUCUACAAACACUGAGGCCUUGAUUAAACUGAGAUUAAACUGGCUGCUGCUUUAAUGCUAGAGUCCAGGAAUGAUAGGCUCUUAUAGUGUGUGUGUGUGUGUGUGUGUGUGUGUGUGUGUGUGUGUGUGUGUGUGUGUGUGUGGAGUCAAAUAAGAUCUGCUGCUUGCUGCUUGAGUCAAGUGAGAUCCAGGAGUGGUAGUCUCUUAUAGCAGCCGGACCCCACCCCCCCCCCAUACAGGGACUGGUGGUAGUCUCCUAUAGCAACCGGACCCCCCCCCCCCCCCCCCCCCCCCCCCAUACAAGGACUGGUGGUAGUGUCUUAUAGCAGCCGGACCACCCCCCCCCCCCCCAUACAGGGACUGGUGGUAGUGUCUUAUGGCAGCCGGACCCCCCAUACAGGGACUGGUGGUAGUGUCUUAUAGCAGCCGGACCCCCCCCCCCCCCCAUAGAGGGACUGGUGGUAGUGUCCUAUAGCAGCCGGAACCCCCAUAGAGGGACUGGUGGUAGUCUCCUAUAGCAGCCGGACCCCCCGUACAGGGACUGGUGGUAGUCUCCUAUAGCAGCCGGACCCCCCCCCCCAUACAGGGACUGGUGGUAGUGUCUUAUAGCAGCCGGACCCCCCCCCCCCAUACAGGAACUGGUGGUAGUCUACUAUGGCAGCCGGACCCCCCCCCCAUACAGGGACUGGUGGUAGUAUCUAAUGGCAGCCGGACCCCCUCCCAUACAGGGACUGGUGGUAGUGUCCUAUAGCAGCCGGAACCCCCGUACAGGGACUGGUGGUAGUCUCCUAUAGCAGCCGGACCCCCCGUACAGGGACUGGUGGUAGUCUCCUAUAGCAGCCGGACCCCCCGUACAGGGACUGGUGGUAGUCUCCUAUAGCAGCCGGACCCCCCCCCCCCCCCCCCCCCCCCAUACAGGGACUGGUGGUAGUGUCUUAUAGCAGCCGGACCCCCCCCCCCAUACAGGGACUGGUGGUAGUGUCUUAUAGCAGCCGGACCCCCCCCCCCCCCAUACAGGGACUGGUGGUAGUCUCCUAUAGCAGCCGGACCCCCCCCCCCCCCAUACAGGGACUGGUGGUAGUGUCUUAUGGCAGCCGGAACCCCCCCAUACAGGGACUGGUGGUAGUGUCUUAUAGCAGCCAGACCCCCCGUACAGGGACUGGUGGUAGUGUCUUAUAGCAGCCGGACCCCCCCCCCCCCCCCCCAUACAGGGACUGGUGGUAGUGUCUUAUAGCAGCCGGACCCCCCCCCAUACAGGGACUGGUGGUAGUCUACUAUAGCAGCCGGACCCCCCCCCCCCCCCCCCCCCCAUACAGGGACUGGUGGUAGUCUCCUAUAGCAGCCGGACCCCCCCCCCAUACAGGGACUGGUGGUAGUGUCUUAUAGCAGCCGGACCCCCCCCCCCCCCCCCAUACAGGGACUGGUGGUAGUGUCUUAUAGCAGCCGGACCCCCCCCCCCAUACAGGGACUAGUGGUAGUCUCCUAUAGCAGCCGGACCCCCCCCCCCCCAUACAGGGACUGGUGGUAGUGUCCUAUAGCAGCCAGACCCCCCGUACAGGGACUGGUGGUAGUGGCUUAUAGCAGCCGGACCCCCCCCCCAUACAGGGACUGGUGGUAGUCUACUAUAGCAGCCGGACCCCCCCCAUACAGGGACUGGUGGUAGUGUCUUAUAGCAGCCAGACCCCCCGUACAGGGACUGGUGGUAGUGUCUUAUAGCAGCCGGACCCCCCCCCCCCCCCCCCCCCAUACAGGGACUGGUGGUAGUGUCUUAUAGCAGCCGGAACCCCCAUACAGGGACUGGUGGUAGUGUCUUAUAGCAGCCGGACCCCCCCCCAUACAGGGACUGGUGGUAGUCUACUAUAGCAGCCGGACCCCCCCCCCCCCCCCCCCCCCAUACAGGGACUGGUGGUAGUGUCUUAUAGCAGCCGGACCCCCCCCCCAUACAGGGACUGGUGGUAGUCUACUAUAGCAGCCGGACCCCCCCCCCCCCAUACAGGGACUUGUGGUAGUGUCUUAUAGCAGCCAGACCCCCCGUACAGGGACUGGUGGUAGUGUCUUAUAGCAGCCGGACCCCCCCCACCCCAUACAGGGACUGGUGGUAGUGUCUUAUAGCAGCCGGAACCCCCGUACAGGGACUCGUGGUAGUCUCCUAUAGCAGCCGGACCCCCCCCCCCCCGUACAGGGACUGGUGGUAGUGUCUUAUAGCAGCCGGACCCACCCCCCACCCCAUACAGGGACUGGUGGUAGUGUCUUAUGGCAGCCGGACCCCCCCCCAUACAGGGACUGGUGGUAGUGUCUUAUAGCAGCCUGACCCCCCCCAUACAGGGACUGGUGGUAGUGUCUUAUAGCAGCCUGACCCCCCCCCCAUACAGGGACUGGUGGUAGUGUCUUAUAGCAGCCGGACCCCCCCCCCCCCCCCCCCCCAUACAGGGACUGGUGGUAGUGUCUUAUAGCAGCCGGACCCCCCCCCCCCCCAUACAGGGACUGGUGGUAGUGUCUUAUAGCAGCCGGACCCCCCCCCCCCCAUACACGGACUGGUGGUAGUCUCCUAUAGCAGCCGGACCCCCCCCCCCCCCCCCCCCCCAUACAGGGACUGGUGGUAGUGUCUUAUAGCAGCCGGACCCCCCCCCCCCCAUACAGGGACUGGUGGUAGUCUCCUAUAGCAGCCGGACCCCCCCCCCCCCCCAUACAGGGACUGGUGGUAGUGUCCUAUAGCAGCCAGACCCCCCGUACAGGGACUGGUGGUAGUGGCUUAUAGCAGCCGGACCCCCCCCCCAUACAGGGACUGGUGGUAGUCUACUAUAGCAGCCGGACCCCCCCCAUACAGAGACUGGUGGUAGUGUCUUAUGGCAGCCGGACCCCCCCCCAUACAGGGACUGGUGGUAGUGUCUUAUAGCAGCCAGACCCCCCGUACAGGGACUGGUGGUAGUGUCUUAUAGCAGCCGGACCCCCCCCCCCCCCCCCCCCCCCCCCCCAUACAGGGACUGGUUGUAGUGUCUUAUAGCAGCCGGAACCCCCGUACAGGGACUGGUGGUAGUCUCCUAUAGCAGCCGGACCCCCCCCCCCAUACAGGGACUGGUGGUAGUCUACUAUAGCAGCCGGACCCCCCCCAUACAGGGACUGGUGGUAGUGUCUUAUGGCAGCCGGACCCCCCCCCCAUACAGGGACUGGUGGUAGUCUACUAUAGCAGCCGGACCCCCCCCAUACAGGGACUGGUGGUAGUGUCUUAUGGCAGCCGGACCCCCCCCCCAUACAGGGACUGGUGGUAGUGUCUUAUAGCAGCAUGACCCCCCCCAUACAGGGACUGGUGGUAGUGUCUUAUAGCAGCCUGACCCCCCCCAUACAGGGACUGGUGGUAGUGUCUUAUAGCAGCCUGACCCCCCCCCCCCAUACAGGGACUGGUGGUAGUGUCUUAUAGCAGCCGGACCCCCCCCCCCCAUACACGGACUGGUGGUAGUCUCCUAUAGCAGCCGGACCCCCCCCCCCCCCAUACAGGGACUGGUGGUAGUGUCCUAUAGCAGCCGGACCCCCCCCCCCCCCCCCCCCAUACAGGGACUGGUGGUAGUGUCUUAUAGCAGCCGGACCCCCCCCCCCCAUACAGGGACUGGUGGUAGUCUCCUAUAGCAGCCGGACCCCCCCCCCCCCCCCAUACAGGGACUGGUGGUAGUGUCCUAUAGCAGCCAGACCCCCCGUACAGGGACUGGUGGUAGUGGCUUAUAGCAGCCGGACCCCCCCCCAUACAGGGACUGGUGGUAGUCUACUAUAGCAGCCGGACCCCCCCCAUACAGGGACUGGUGGUAGUGUCUUAUGGCAGCCGGACCCCCCCCCAUACAGGGACUGGUGGUAGUGUCUUAUAGCAGCCAGACCCCCCGUACAGGGACUGGUGGUAGUGUCUUAUAGCAGCCGGACCCCCCCCCCCCCAUACAGGGACUGGUUGUAGUGUCUUAUAGCAGCCGGAACCCCCGUACAGGGACUGGUGGUAGUCUCCUAUAGCAGCCGGACCCCCCCCCCCCCCCCCCCCAUACAGGGACUGGUGGUAGUGUCUUAUAGCAGCCGGAACCCCCAUACAGGGACUGGUGGUAGUGUCUUAUAGCAGCCGGACCCCCCCCCAUACAGGGACUGGUGGUAGUCUACUAUAGCAGCCGGACCCCCCCCCCCCCAUACAGGGACUGGUGGUAGUGUCUUAUAGCAGCCGGACCCCCCCCCCAUACAGGGACUGGUGGUAGUCUACAUAGCAGCCGGACCCCCCCCCCCCAUACAGGGACUGUGGUAGUGUCUUAUAGCAGCCGACCCCCCGUACAGGGACUGGUGGUAGUGUCUUAUAGCAGCCGGACCCCCCCCACCCCAUACAGGGACUGGUGGUAGUGUCUUAUAGCAGCCGAACCCCCCCCCCCCCCCCCCCCCCCCCAUACAGGGACUGGUGGUAGUGUCUUAUAGCAGCCGGACCCCCCCCCCCCAUACAGGGACUGGUGGUAGUCUCCUAUAGCAGCCGGACCCCCCCCCCCCCCCAUACAGGGACUGGUGGUAGUGUCCUAUAGCAGCCAGACCCCCCGUACAGGACUGGUGGUAGUGGCUUAUAGCAGCCGGACCCCCCCCCCAUACAGGGACUGGUGGUAGUCUACUAUAGCAGCCGGACCCCCCCCAUACAGAGACUGGUGGUAGUGUCUUAUGGCAGCCGGACCCCCCCCAUACAGGGACUGGUGGUAGUGUCUUAUAGCAGCCAGACCCCCCGUACAGGGACUGGUGGUAGUGUCUUAUAGCAGCCGGACCCCCCCCCCCCCCCCCCCCCAUACAGGGACUGGUUGUAGUGUCUUAUAGCAGCCGGAACCCCCGUACAGGGACUGGUGGUAGUCUCCUAUAGCAGCCGGACCCCCCCCCCCCCCCCCCCCAUACAGGGACUGGUGGUAGUGUCUUAUAGCAGCCGGACCCCCCCCAUACAGGGACUGGUGGUAGUGUCUUAUGGCAGCCGGACCCCCCCCCCCAUACAGGGACUGGUGGUAGUGUCUUAUAGCAGCCUGACCCCCCCCAUACAGGGACUGGUGGUAGUGUCUUAUAGCAGCCUGACCCCCCCCAUACAGGGACUGGUGGUAGUGUCUUAUAGCAGCCUGACCCCCCCCCCCCCAUACAGGGACUGGUGGUAGUGUCUUAUAGCAGCCGGACCCCCCCCCCCCCAUACACGGACUGGUGGUAGUCUCCUAUAGCAGCCGGACCCCCCCCCCCCCCAUACAGGGACUGGUGGUAGUGUCCUAUAGCAGCCGGACCCCCCCCCCCCCCCCCCCCCCAUACAGGGACUGGUGGUAGUGUCUUAUAGCAGCCGGACCCCCCCCCCCAUACAGGGACUGGUGGUAGUCUCCUAUAGCAGCCGGACCCCCCCCCCCCCCCAUACAGGGACUGGUGGUAGUGUCCUAUAGCAGCCAGACCCCCCAUACAGGGACUGGUGGUAGUCUCCUAUAGCAGCCGGACCCCCCCCCAUACAGGGACUGGUGGUAGUCUACUAUAGCAGCCGGACCCCCCCCAUACAGGGACUGGUGGUAGUGUCUUAUGGCAGCCGGACCCCCCCCCAUACAGGGACUGGUGGUAGUGUCUUAUAGCAGCCAGACCCCCCGUACAGGGACUGGUGGUAGUGUCUUAUAGCAGCCGGACCCCCCCCCCCCCCAUACAGGGACUGGUUGUAGUGUCUUAUAGCAGCCGGAACCCCCGUACAGGGACUGGUGGUAGUCUCCUAUAGCAGCCGGACCCCCCCCCCCCCCCCCCCCCCAUACAGGGACUGGUGGUAGUGUCUUAUAGCAGCCGGACCCCCCCCCCCCAUACAGGGACUGGUGGUAGUCUACUAUAGCAGCCGGACCCCCCCCAUACAGGGACUGGUGGUAGUGUCUUAUGGCAGCCGGACCCCCCCCCCAUACAGGGACUGGUGGUAGUGUCUUAUAGCAGCCUGACCCCCCCCCAUACAGGGACUGGUGGUAGUGUCUUAUAGCAGCCUGACCCCCCCCAUACAGGGACUGGUGGUAGUGUCUUAUAGCAGCCUGACCCCCCCCCCCCCAUACAGGGACUGGUGGUAGUGUCUUAUAGCAGCCGGACCCCCCCCCCCCAUACAGGGACUGGUGGUAGUCUCCUAUAGCAGCCGGACCCCCCCCCCCCCAUACAGGGACUGGUGGUAGUCUCCUAUAGCAGCCGGACCCCCCCCCCCCCCCCCAUACAGGGACUGGUGGUAGUGUCUUAUAGCAUCCGGACCCCCCCCCAUACAGGGACUGGUGGUAGUCUACUAUAGCAGCCGGACCCCCCCCAUACAGGGACUGGUGGUAGCAUUCAACGCACCAUCACACAAUGUACUGCUAACUAGUUCAUUAAACGCAGUGAGAGAUGGAAGUUGGGAUGAGGCUUGGUUUGUCUCGGCUAUUGAUCCGCAGGGUUUGACCGACUGUGUUUGUGUAGGUGUGUGUUUGUGUCUCUGUGUCUGUGUUUCUCAUAGACUAAUGUACAUAAUUCUGUUAUUAGCGAGUAAGGCCCAGGAAUGGCCCAGGCGUGCUUUAAAAAACAGGUGGAUUCGCUGUGUGUCUUAAUCUCACUGAGAUUCGAUAAAUCUAUUGGGUAAUUUUACUGAUUGCUAAUCCAAUGCAUUUAGAAGGAUUAUCUGCAGUAAUCUUAGUGGGAUUAAGUGUCUAGCUGCCAGAAAGAAAAAGAAAAACAGUGCAGAUGACUUUGUGACUUCGUUCUGCAUUUCACGGGUCCCCAUAUGGUACCCUAUUCCCUAUGGGCCCUGGUCAAAAGUAGUGCACUAGCUAGGGAAUAGGGUGCCACUUGGGACAGUACCAGGAUGAUGGGAUGAGGCUCAGUCAGGAUUUACAGCUAAUCCUUGUUAUUUUCUUUCUAAAACACAAUUUAAUGUUCAAUCAUUUUCCUCCCCCCUCACUGUCCGUCUGUCACAAUGAAGGAAUAGAAUACAAUCUGAACUAAACUUCUAAACUUCAUUGCUACUCGACUGAACAGAAUGAGGCCGUAAAGAUAGCUGAGUGAGUGUGUUUUGCGUGUGUGCCUACGACUGUGUGGUGUGUGUGCGUGCGUGCGUGUAUGUGUGUGCAUAUGUGUGUGUGUGUGUGUGUGUGAAGGGGAAAAAGCGUAUUAUAAUGAUGACUGGUGUAAUUAUAGGAGAAGAGAAGAGGUUGAUUCAGGAUCCAUAACCAGUCAUAAACCUUUCUCCUCUCAUCCCUCUAUUCUCGCAUGCAUCUGUAUUCGAUUGUCAAUUUACUUUGUAGGGCGUCUGCUUAUGAGGCCAAUCAAACAUUCUAGAGGGUCUCAGCUAAGACGAGCGCCAGCCCAGCAGAACUGGGUUCACAUACUAUUUGACAUCUUUCAAAUACUUUGAGCAUUUGUUUAGUCUUCCUGGAGUGGCAGAUGGGUGAGGUAUUGCUCUUUUGUGACAAUUCUAUUGGUUCCAUACUUCCAUUGCACCAGGCAAGCACAAUCAAGCCCAGGUCAAGUAUUUAAGAAUUAUUUUGAAUAAUAUUUGAACCCGUGUCUGGAGUGCCAGCCACAGAGGUUAUGGUUAUUGGUAUGCUGUGGUAUGCAGCGAAGCCAUUCACAUUCAGGCAUCAGAGAUUUGAUUAGAGUAUUAGUGAGGUAUAAUACAACCAUACACAGUCUGAAUGUGUCUGUCUGUUUGUGGUGUGCAGGAUGGUUCAAACAGUAGCCUACACUUUGUUGUGUGAUUGUUGUUGUUUUAAAGUUUUGCCCUGAUUGCACUACACAUUUCCAAUUGAGACAAUAAAGCGAUUGAUUGAUUGAUCGAAAAGACAAUGUUUCAAAGAAACCUGUAGGGUUACCUGUAUGGAAUUAGUUUAGGCAGCCAUAAAACUAUAUUUUUCAUUGAACAAUAUUGUUGGAAGGACCUUUUUAGUCUUUGUUAUUAUUAUUUGUAUUAUUAAAACUGUUAUGUUUCUGUUUGUGAAAUCGUAUCACACAGUGUAAAUUAAAUUCCUACAUACAGGUGUAGGAUCUUAAUUUGAUCACCCUGCAAUGCUGUACAUUUAAAACGUGUAGUGUAUUUGAGGUUUAAAAAGGCUUCUGAAGUUUUUAAUUCCACUUUGAAAUUUCAGACUUGAUUUUCCCUUACGAAAUUUGUAUCAACCCCUACAAAAAUGUCCAUUCACUAUAAUCCACAUAAUAAUUCAAUUUCCUGUUGCUACAGGAUUAUUUUCCUGCUUUAGCAAACUGGCUCAAAUUAAGAUCCUACAUCUGUAGCAAUUAAUUCUGUAGCCCAGUCUCCCAGUGUGUGUGUGUGUGUGUGUGUGUGUCUGUGUGUGUCAUAGCGUCACCUUGGUUCUUAGCAGGCAAAAUUAGUUUUCAAAUCAAUUUCUGGAUGACCAGUUAUUGUUUAAUUGAAAGAAAAAUGUCUUGUCACCUUCGUUAAUUGCUCUAGUAACUGACAGCAGUGGUAAUAGGCGUUGAAAUGUAAAUUGCUCUCUGCUUCUGCUGUUAUUAUUAUUAUUCCCACAACAAGGGUUCCACUAGAAUUAGAUUAAUUUUUUUUAAAGGUGGGAAUGGAAUGGAUUUACAAAGCUCUAAGUAUGUGUUAAAUUUUGUAUAGCUUUAUGUUGAUGAGGGCUCUUUUUAGUGACAGUUGUUUUGGUAAUGGAGGCCUACUUUCUGACAGGGCACUGUGUGUGCAUGUGUGCGUGUGCUUCCCAAAUGGCUCCCUAUUUAGUGCACUACUUUUGACAGGAGACCAUAGGUCCCUGGUCAAAAGGUAGUAUACUACAUAGGGAAUAGGGUGCCGUUUGAAACACAGCCAGAGCAAUUCAUAUAUUAAUCUGAUGAUGGCGUCUCUGAGUUCUGUACUUGGCAGAGUGAAAAGAUUACAUUUAGGAUAUUCUCAGCUUUCUGAGUGCUCUGACGACUCUUGUCUGUAGACAAACUCCUAAAAAGAGAAGAGACUUUUUGAAUGAUUUGCUUCCACUCCAUCAUGGUUCAUCAUUACGUAAUAACUUUUGAUUGUGAAAUGUAGCCUAAUAUUUAAAAGGAGUUGAGUUUGAUAUAUCCUCGCUGUGUGAACAAACAAAACAUUUUCUUCCAGUGAUUCUUAGACUACAGUGCAGUACGGCUCAGAUCCUUCCCUAUAUUUGCACGAGAUGAUUGGGCACUAGCCUGGUUGGAUACAAUUUACAUGAGUGAUUCCAUAUGAAACCAGGAAAAAAAAAUACCAUGCUUUUGGGGAUUUUCACCAAAUGUAAUCCAUAGAAUGGCCCUUUGGAGGAAGGAUUGUUGAUGCAUAUUUGACAUUUUAUCAAAGUAAUUAAUCAAAGUUGGCAUAUUUUCUACAUUCUGGCCUUACCCAGGCCUCCUUUGGUCUCCUUUGGACUCCAUAGUGUUUCAUCUGUAGGUGCUACAAAGCAAACAUUGGUAUCAUAUGAAGCUUUACACUUGCUCUGUAAUAUGAAUAGUAUUUUGAUUUCAAUAACAUAAUAUACUCUAUGGCAGGGAUGGGCAACUUAUCAUGAGGGGCCUCAGUUGCUUGCGGGUCUGCGUAUGCACAUCCAAACCUCCCUCCCCCCACACACACAUUGCGAGCAAAACAUUUUAGUGGCCCUCCUCUUGAAAGCGGAGUUUUAGAGUUAAUUUUGUGCAAUUCUACACAUUUUGCCAUUGGGUGUAGAGAAAAUGUUUGUUUUAAAGCAAGUUUGCUGCAAUUCUACACAUUUUACCAUGGGGCGGAGAGAAGAUUUUGCAAUUUGAUAACUAAUUUCAUGCAAUUCUACUCAUUUUGCCAUAGGGUGGAGAGACAUUUUUGAUGUUUUUAAUAUGAUAUCUGAGUGAGAUUGACUAACAAAAUCAAUGGGGGCCCCACGGCCAGUAAUUCGACCAUGAAACAAGUUUAGAUAGCUGACCACAGGAGGUUGGUGGCACCUUAAUUGGGGAGAAGGGGCUCGUGGUAAUGAGUGGAGCGGAAUCAGUGGAAUGGUAUCAAAUACAUCAAACACAUGGUUUCCAGGUGUUUGAUGCCAUUCCAUUUGCUCUGUUCCUACCAUUAUUAUGAGCCGUCCUCCCCUUAGCAGCCUCCACUGUAGCUGACAUGGGAUAAUUGUGAUCCCGCGGGCUUCCAGCAGCCCAUCCCUGCUCUACGGGCAAAUCAAAGUUCCAGAGUGGAAUCUCUGCCACUUUUAGAGUUAUGAUCCAAUUUGUAAGCAUUACCAACAGAGUGAAUGUGAAAAUGGAUUCAAAAUGGUCACACUCUGCUGGUGAUUUGCAGGAUGUGCAAUGAUACAAGUAAAAGGAGGGCUGUGAUUGGUUACAUUGCCUACUGUUCCAAUUUCUCUGUAUAAAAUGGGCCAAAACUUUAAAACUAGCAGGGAUCCCACUCUUGAACUUUGGGAUGCUUAUAGAGUAUAUUAUGUUCAACUAUAUACAGUGAGGGGAAAAAAGUAUUUGAUCCCCUGCUGAUUUUGUACGUUUGCCCACUGACAAAGACAUGAUCAGUCUAUAAUUUUAAUGGUAGGUUUAUUUGAACAGUGAGAGACAGAAUAACAAUAACAAAAUCCAAAAAAACGCAUGUCAAAAAUUUUAUGAAUUGAUUAGCAUUUUAAUGAGGGAAAUAAGUAUUUGACCCCUCUGCAAAACAUGACUUAGUACUUAGUACUUGACAAUGACCCAAAACACACGGCCAAGGCAACAAAGGAGUGGCUCAAGAAGAAGCACAUUAAGGUCCUGGAGUGGCCUAGCCAGUCUCCAGACCUUAAUCCCAUAGAAAAUCUGUGGAGGGAGCUGAAGGUUCGAGUUGCCAAACGUCAGCCUCGAAACCUUAAUGACUUGCAGAAGAUCUGCAAAGAGGAGUGGGACAAAAUCCCUCCUGAGAUGUGUGCAAACCUGGUGGCCAACUACAAGAAACGUCUGACCUCUGUGAUUGCCAACAAGGGUUUUGCCACCAAGUACUAAGUCAUGUUUUGCAGAGGGGUCAAAUACUUAUUUCCCUCAUUAAAAUGCUAAUCAAUUCAUAACAUUUUUUACAUGCGUUUUUCUGGAUUUUGUUGUUGUUAUUCUGUCUCUCACUGUUCAAAUAAACCUACCAUUAAUAAUAAUAAUAAUAAUAAUAAUAUGCCAUUUAGCAGACGCUUUUAUCCAAAGCGACUUACAGUCAUGCGUGCAUACAUUUUUGUGUAUGGGUGGUCCCGGGGAUCGAACCCACUACCUUGGCGUUACAAGCGCCGUGCUCUACCAGCUGAGCUACAGAGGACCACAAAAUUAUAGACUGAUCAUUUCUUUGUCAGUGGGCAAACGUACAAAAUCAGCAGGAGAUCAAAUACUUUUUUCCCUCACUGUAUAUAUAAAAUGGCAAAUCAAAAAUGGUGGCUUUUCAAUAUUAAAGUUUAUAUUUUUUAAGAUUCAUAAAUGUAACAAAAUCUAAAUACUACUCAUAUUACAGGGGAAACGGUUAAGCUUCACAUGACAACAAUCAUAUUCAAAUAAUUUUGCUUAAUUUUGCUUUGUAGCACCUACAGAUGAAACAUUAUGGAGUCUUAAAGGAGGCCUGGGUAAGGCCAAAAUGCCAUAAAUAUGCCAACUUUGAUGAAUUAUUUCUCAAUUAUACUUUUAGAUACACAUGUCAAAUAUAUGUAAACAAUCCUUCCUCCAAAGGACCAUUCUAUGGAUUACAUUUUGUGAAAAUCCCCCAAAUCAUGGUCUUUCAUUUGGAAUCACUCUUAUGUCAAAGUGAUGUCAAACUACCACGUGAGUUUGAAACUUGAGUAGUUAUUUAUGAUGCAAGGUGAUUUGUCUCGACUCACCUUUAAAGUCGGCUGCAAUGUCAAACGCGCCCAGUUGUUCUGUUUUGAUCUAAGUAAUUGACGCCUGAGCGGCAUUUCUUUCUUUCUGGUCCUGGCACUUUUCAACCAAUCCAGUACAUGUGGAGGAGGAGUUAAGUGGAGUGUCGCCUUGUUAACAUCCGAAAGCAGAAGUCGCUUCACAGGCUCUCUUUCCAUUUCCCCUGAAUUCAGAGAGAGUGUGACGUUCUUUUGACAUAAGCUGUAUCCCUUCUAGUGAUACAGCCCAGACUAUGUCCAGUAAGUACUGUCAGAGCCUGGACAUGCUGCCCAGUGGACACUGCCACCCUAACCCCCAGACGCCCCAUGCAGAGGGUUCUAAAUGGUCUGAGUGGUCUCUCUACACAUUCUCUCCCUCACCCCCUGGCUGAGUAAUGACUGUCUUUGUCUUUGACCGUGACUGACGAAUGCCAAUCGGUCAAGCAUUUCACGGUAAAGUCUACACCAGUUGUAUUUGCCGCAUGUGACAAAUAAAAUGUGAUUGUUUUUGUCUCUCUCUCUCGCUCUCUCGGUCUCUCUCUCUCUCUCAAUUCAAUUCAAUUUAAGGGGCUUUACUGGCAUGGGAAACAUAUGUUUACAUUGCCAAAGCAAGUAAAAUAAAUAAUAAAAAAUUAACAGUAAACAUUACACUCACAAAAGUUCCAAAAUAAUAAAUACAUUUAAUGUCAUAUUAUGUCUAUAUACAGUGUUGUAAUGAUGUGCAAAUAGUUAAAGUACAAAAUGGAAAAUAAAUAAACAUAAAUAUGGGUUGUAUUUACAAUGGUGUUUGCUCUUCAAUGGUUGCCCUUUUCUUGUGGCAACAGGUCACAAAUCUUGCUGCUGUGAUGGCACACUGUGGUAUUUCACCCAAUAGAUAUGGGAGUUUAUCAAAAUUGGAUUUGUUUUCAAGUUCUUUUCUGGGUCUGUGUAAUCUCAGGGUGGAGGGGAUGGACAGAGGCUGGGUAACUUCUAGUGCUAAUUUGUGAUUUUUGCACCAGGAAUGAGAAUAAAUGCCCCUGGCAAGGAGAAGUGUCUGCUCUGUUGAACAGUAAAAUGACUGCCCUUGCUCCCUGGGAGGAGGGGGUAGGAGAGGAGAACUCUGCUCUAAAUAAACACCAGUUAAUAAUAUCAGCCUCCAGGAGGGAGAGACAGUAGGGGCAGUACAGGAAUACAGGGAUGGGGUUAUCCUUGCCUGCCGUUUGAGCCUAUAUGUGCAGGGAAGCAAACACAUUCACAAGCUAUUCUGUUCUGGUAUAGACUAGACUUAGUCCUGCUCAGUGCUCACACUAGAGCUGGGUGAUAUGGACAAAAAUAAGUUGACUGAAUUACCAUAACCAUAAAUUGAACGAUAACUUUACCACAUUAAUGUGUACCAGUUAAUGUUUUAUAUUACCCUUAAAAGUACUACUAUUACUUUGAAUGUUGUAGCUAUCAAUUGUUCCGUUAGCAAAGUCCCAUAUUAGCAGACUUAUUUAUUUUUUAACUUCACAUUCCUCUAGUAAAGGCUACUUAUCAUUAUUAUCGACAUCCGUAAAAUGUCCUUGAUAAAUGGUGGGUUUGGUCGGUGUUGUUAGGACAUUAAAUGGUUGGACCCUUCAGUGUUUAGCAUCCCAGCUCUAGCUAACAUAAACGUCAGGAAUAGGCCUCGAGGUUGAGACAGUUUUAGUAUUGAUUUACACUGAAGGCUUUAUCUUUUGAUCAAUUAUUGCUAUUUGGAUAAUGUCAUUGUCAAGCUAGUACCAAUAUAAUCACUUCCCCUGUUCAUACCACAGACCCUAUCAGGAGAAUAUAAUCAGGGAUUCCUUGCUGGGAGAGAAAUGCUUUGCAUUUCUAAUGGUGUAUGACUGUGGAGUGUCUGGAGGGAAGGGGGUAGACACACAUGCACACACACACCAGUGGAGGCUGCUGAGGGGAGGACGGCUCAUAAUAAUGGCUGGAGUGAAUGGAAUGGCAUCAAACACCUGGAAACCAUGUGUUUGAUGUAGUUGACACCAUUCCACUCCAGCUAUUACCACGAGCCCGUCCUCCCUAAUUAAGGUGCCACCAACCUCCUGUGGCACGCACGCACACACACCGCACACAAACACACCCUAACUUGAGUGUUUAGAGAGAGAAAUUGAUGAAUGUCCAACUACGGCUGGUCAGUGUUCAUGAAGAGGACAGGGGGAGGGCAGGUUCUCUCCGUUCGUUCUUUCCUUCUCUCCCCAUCUGACAGAAAGCCUAAGUCAUUGUCUUGGAGGUGAGCUGUGUGUAGUGAGUGGGGCUCUCCUCCUCCCUUUCAUUUCAGUAUGAAAAUGUAUGCACUCACUAACUGUAAGUCGCUCUGGAUAAGAGCGUCUGCUAAAUUACUAAAAUGUAAAAAAAUAUCCAUUUUCCCCUCCUCCUCUUCCCCCUCCACCUCCCCCUCCUCCUCGUCUUCCCCCUCUUCCCCCUCCACCUCCACCUCUUCCCCUCCCCCUCUUCCCCACCUCCUCUUACCCCUCCCCCUCCUGAAAAGAGCACUCUGAGAAUGAUUUUCCUCCCUUCCCCAGUGGGGACAGCCAGUCCCCAUCCAUCAGGGCUUUGGGAUGUUUCUCAGUCAGUGUCAGACAGGGACAUGGUAUGGUUAAAGGAAGUACUCUCUCUAUCCACACAAUUCCAGCUCUGAAUUGCAAAUCUAGUCCUGGCCAAGGUCCACACAUGUUCUUUAUUAGACCUAGCUCCUACACCCCAGGCCUAGACUAUAGGGUGUGUAGGGGAAGACUGGAUAGAUACAGUAAUAAGCAUUAUGGAGGGAAUGUGGGGGAAGGAUGGACUGUCUCCAUCUCUAUGUAGGCCUAGUUCUGAAUCCCAUAGUCCUUAGCACUCAUCCUACCCCUAGCCCCUACAUACUAGGCACUACACACUAGUUCUAAGAACAUGAUGUUCUGAAUCCCUAAUCAACCCUACACCCCUCGGCACUCCUCGAGAUCUUCUGAGAAUAUUGGAUACACACUGUGUAAGCUUUAUGCUAAUAGAUUCACCUUGCCUUCUGAUUGGCUAGGUGGAAAUGUUACCAUGUUGCUCCCACCUAUCCAAUCCUCUCAGAUCUACAGAAGUGGCUUGGGGUCCAUUACAGACUAGCUUUUCUCACAACGCCUCUCUACUCUCGCUACUCUCCCAUUGUAUAUGCAGAGCUUUCAGCUUUGAUAAAGGAGAGGAAAGGUAGUCUGGAGUAGGAGAGUGGUCUAAACAUCAUAACACACCAGUAGAAUGGAGAGUGGUCUAAACAUCAUAACACACCAGUAGAAUGGAGAGUGGUCUAAACAUCAUAACACACCAGUAGAAUGGAGAGUGGUCUAAACAUCAGAACACACCAGUAGAAUGGAGAGUGGUCUAAACAUCAGAACACACCAGUAGAAUGGAGAGUGGUCUAAACAUCAGAACACACCAGUAGAAUGGAGAGUGGUCUAAACAUCAGAACACACCAGUAGAAUGGAGAGUGGUCUAAACAUCAGAACACACCAGUAGAAUGGAGAGUGGUCUAAACAUCAUAACACACCAGUAGAAUGGAGAGUGGUCUAAACAUCAGAACACACCAGUAGAAUGGAGAGUGGUCUAAACAUCAGAACACACCAGUAGAAUGGAGAGUGGUCUAAACAUCAGAACACACCAGUAGAAUGGAGAGUGGUCUAAACAUCAGAACACACCAGUAGAAUGGAGAGUGGUCUAAACAUCAGAACACACCAGUAGAAUGGAGAGUGGUCUAAACAUCAGAACACACCAGUAGAAUGGAGAGUGGUCUAAACAUCAGAACACACCAGUAGAAUGGAGAGUGGUCUAAACAUCAGAACACACCAGUAGAAUGGAGAGUGGUCUAAACAUCAGAACAUAUCAGAGAUUUUUGCAGUUUUAAAGCUAAUUUCCUGUAAUUCUACACAUUUUGUAAUGACUUAUGCCAUGUUAAUAUGAUGUCUGAGUGGGAAUGACUAACACAAUCAAUGUUUGCCCCCCUGGAGGUCACGGCCCCUGGGCACGUGCCCGGUCGGUAUUCUGCCAUGAUUACUUACGACAAGUUUAGAUAGCUGAUUAGACUAACUACCAAUAUAAACAAUUGUUGGCUGACAUGGCUAAUUGAGUAACUGUCAGUGACUGACAUAAUACAAAAAAACAAGAGAAAAACUGCUGAUGGCUAACCCAUUUGCGAAAUUGCACCUGGUUAAUUCUGCUAUUCUUACUCUCAAUAGUAAGUUGAGACCCCGACUGAGUUCCGAAAAUAAAUACAAAAUGAAGUUGUUUUUGGGUCAUAAAGCUACUGCUUAUUUUGCUUAUACUUGGAACCGGCCCUGCUAGUUGUUUUUGUUCACUCCUACAAUAUGUUCAUUGAUUCUGUUCAAUACUGCGACACUGCCUCCCUCUCCACCCGGAUGCUGUGGGCUGUGUAGUGGGUUUUAUUUGAGACGAGGCUAUCUCUCUCUCUGUGUGUUGAGAGAAACACAAGCAGAGUGCUGUCUGAGUGGCUGGACGUCGAUGCUCUGAAACAAUGACUCACAUCCAGCCACUAUAAAAACUGUGUGUGUGUGUUUCUAUGUUUCUGUACGUGUGUGUGCGUGUUUGUUUAUGUGUCUGUACCUGUGUGUGUGUGUGUGUGUGUGUGUGUAUGUGUGUGUGUGUGUGUGUGUGUGUGUGUGUGUGUGUGUGUGUGUGAGAGAGAGACUUCUCAACUACUCCUGCGUCACUAGCAGUAGAAUGAAAGGUGUCCUAUCAGACAGACAGGAAAACGAACAGACCUUAAGCACUGAACCCACGCAGUCUGCCAGUAGUCUCUAUGAUCACCUGCAGGGGGCACUGUGUCUCCAUGGCUAAAUGUACAUCUACAUGACUAAGAAUAAGGACAGAGAUGAGAACAGGUUUAGCUGUGGCUGCAGAGGAGAGAUGAGAGAGCUGCUUGACUGGUGCAUUUUAAACUGUUCUAUCUCUCUUUCUCUCUCUCUCUCUGUCUCUGUCUCGCUGUCUGUCUUUUUCUCUGUCUCUCAUUCUCUGUCUCUGUCUCUCUCUCUCUCUCUCUCUCUCUCUCUCUCUCUCUCUCUCUGUAUCUCUCUCUCUCUCUCUCUGUCUCUCAUUCUCUCUCUCUCUCUCUCUCUCUCUUCUCUCUCUGUCUCUCUCUCUCUCUCUCUCUCUCUCUCUCUCUCUCUCUCUCUCUCUCUCUCUGUCUCUGUCUCUGUCUCUGUCUCUGUCUCUGUCUCUGUCUCUGUCUCUGUCUCUGUCUCUGUCUCUCAUUCUCUCUCUCUCUCUCUCUCUCUCUCUUCUCUCUCUCUCUCUCUCUCUCUGUAUCUGUCUCUCUGUCUCUGUCUCGCUGUCUCUCUGUCUGUCUCUUUCUCUCUCUGUCUCUCAUUCUCUAUCUCUCUCUCUGUAUCUCUAUCUCUCUCUCUGUAUCUCUGUCUCUCUCUCUCUGUAUCUCUCUCUCUCUCUCUGUCUCUCUGUAUCUCUCUCUCUCUCUCUGUCUCUCUCUCUCUCUCUCUCUCUCUCUCUCUCUCUCUCUCUCUCUCUCUCUCUCUCUCUGUAUCUGUCUCUCUGUCUCUGUCUCGCUGUCUCUCUGUCUGUCUCUUUCUCUCUCUGUCUCUCAUUCUCUAUCUCGCUCUCUCUCUCUCUCUCUCUCUCUCUCUCUCUCUCUCUGUAUCUCUCUCUCUCUCUCUCUCUCUCUGUAUCUCUCUCUCUCUCUCUGUCUCUCUCUCUCUCUCUCUCUCUCUCUCUCUCUUUCUCUCUCUCUCUCUCUGUAUCUGUCUCUCUGUCUGUCUCUUUCUCUCUGUCUCUCAUUCUCUAUCUCGCUCUCUCUCUCUCUCUCUCUCUCUCUCUCUCUCUGUCUCUGUCUCUGUCUCUGUCUCUCAUUCUCGCUCUCUCGCUCUCUGUCUCUCAUUCUCUCUCGCUCUCUCUCGCUCUCUCUGUCUCUCAUUCUCUCUAGCUCAUCUCACUGUCCAGAUGCUUCUUUUGCAUUGUCUGGGUGACCACUGAAAAUCAAUAUGUGUUGCUCUCACUUCAUGCUGUCUGCCUUGUUCUUGUUCUUGUCUCUGGUCUUGAAACCAAAACCCUAGGGGUUGAGGAGCGUUAGGCAGACUUGAGGAGGCUCUAGAAUUGGAGAGACAGCUCAGGGAAAAGAGGGAGACACCUAUACAUGUUUGUUCUGUGCAGGCUUUGAGAGUGAGAGAGUGAGAGAGUGAGAUUGAGAGAGAGUGAGAGAGUCAGUGAGAGAGAGAGAGGCCUUCAGAAUGAACUGGUGCUGAAAGAAAGAAGGGUAUUGUGGAAGCAAGAGAUCUCUCUCUUUCUUUCGCCCAAUUCCCUCGUUCUUAGCAGCUAGCUAUGUGGAUGAUGUAACCCUUUGUUAAAACAUGAGAAGGCAAAGGCAGCCAUCACCAGGAAGAGGCUGGAGAAGUCAGUGUGUGUGCGUGUGUCUGUGUGACAUAGUGCUGUGUGUGUGAGGUUGCAGAAAUGCUGAUGAUGUACUUGGGUUACUGGCCUGCCGUGGCAAGGUUUUCUGUAAUGUCUUCCCAGCUCGUCUAGGUAAUGGCUAACACAUUGCUACAAAUAGGUGAACAUUUAUAAACCACCACCAGUGCCGAUUUUAUGAUUGGAAGUUUACAAUUUUGUUUGUGUCCCAAAUAGCACACGAUUCCCUACCCAAAUAGCACACUAUUCCCUAUAAUACACUACUUUUUAACAGUGCCCACAUAGCACUACAGUGCACUAUAUAGGGAAUAGCAUGCCGUUUGUGACGCUCACUUUUUCCUCUUUCCUUUGUCUUAUGAUUCUGCUUCUCUACUCAGCCGUUCCAGAGGAUAUGACGCACUGUUGGAAAUGAAAGCUUAGGAAAAUCAAAUUUAUAGUUCUAAAAGUUGUCGGGCGGGCGUCGUCAGGCUACGUGGCGAUGGAAAAUAAAAUAAAAUGCCAGAUAAUGUGAUUGCAGUGAGUGUUGCUGAAUGUGCAGUAAUUUGACAGUUGUUGGUUCAUAACUUCAUUAUAACUCUCAUCCGUUAUCAAUCAAGUAAGGAUACCUAAUAUUAAUAUAAGAAUAAUAUAUGCCACCUAGUAGACGCUUUAUCCAAAGCGACUUACAGUCAUGCGUGCAUACAUUUUACGUAUUGGUGACCCCAGUGGGAAUUGAACCCACAACCUUUGGUUUUGCAAGCGCCAUCUUCCACUGACUGAGACACAUUCUUCUACUACUUGUUUUGUUUCUUCUAAAUCCCAACAUUCUACAGCGCAACAUCCUACAGCGCAACAUCCUACAGCCCAACAUCCUACAGCCCAACAUCCUACAGCCCAACAUCCUACAGCCCAACACUCUACAGCGCAACAUCCUACAUCCCAACACUCUACAGCGCAACAUUCUACAUCCCAUUAUCCUACAUCCCAACAUCCUACAGCGCAACAUCCUACAUCCCAUUAUACUACAUCCCAACAUCCUACAGCCCAACAUCCUACAGCCCAACAUCCUACAUCCCUACAGCCCAACAUCCUACAGCGCAACAUCCUACAUCCCAACAUCCUACAUCCCAACAUCCUACAGCGCAACAUCCUACAUUCCAACAUCCUACAGCGCAACAUCCUACAUCCCAUUAUCCUACAUCCCAACAUCCUACAGCGCAACAUCCUACAUCCCAUUAUCCUACAUCCCAACAUCCUACAUCCCAACAUCCUAUAAUAUAUGCCACCUAGUAGACGCUUUAUCCAAAGCGACUUACAGUCAUGCGUGCAUACAUUUUACGUAUUGGUGACCCCAGUGGGAAUUGAACCCACAACCUUUGGUUUUGCAAGCGCCAUCUUCCACUGACUGAGACACAUUCUUCUACUACUUGUUUUGUUUCUUCUAAAUCCCAACAUCCUACAGCGCAACAUCCUACAGCGCAACAUCCUACAGCCCAACAUCCUACAGCCCAACAUCCUACAGCGCAACAUCCUACAUCCCAUUAUCCUACAUCCCAACAUCCUACAGCGCAACAUCCUACAUCCCAUUAUCCUACAGCCCAACAUUCUACAGCCCAACAUCCUACAGCCCAACAUCCUACAUCCCUACAGCCCAACAUCCUACAGCGCAACAGCCUACAUCCCAACAUCCAACAUCCUACAGCGCAGCAUCCUACAUCCCAACAUCCUACAGCGCAACAUCCUACAUCCCAUUAUCCUACAUCCCAACAUCCUACAGCGCAACAUCCUACAUCCCAUUAUCCUACAUCCCAACAUCCUACAGCCCAACAUCCUACAGCGCAACAUCCUACAUCCCAACAUCCUACAGCCCAACAUCCUACAGCCCAACAUUCUACAGCGCUACAUCCCAACCUCCUACAUCCCAACAUCCUACAGCCCAACACCCUACAGCCCAACACCCUACACCUCAACAUACUACAGCCCAACACCCUGCAUCCCAACAUCCUACAGCCCAACAUCCUAUAGCCCAACACCCUACAGCCCAACACCCUACAGCCCAACACCCUACAGCCCAACACCCUACAUCCUACAGCCCAACAUCCUAUAG